UGUUCGCAGAACUAAACAGUCUGCUAUUGGCAAUUGGACGUUCGUUGCAUUGCUUUUUAACUUAUCUGACGAUACAACUUCAUAUUAAUAUUUUAAAAGAAUUUAAAAUCAAACAGUCGUUAAAAAUUGUUGUUCUAAAAUAAUAUUAUAAGUACUAUUGUUGCUGUAUACUCAUUUAACUGAAGAAAUAAAAAGUGUCAUAUUAUAUGAACAAUUUUAAAAAUAACCACGAAACACACUUACAAAUUAAAAGAACUUAACAGCUUUAGAAAUGUUUAUUUUUAUUUUAAAAUUUGAAGAUAUUAUGCCAAAUCAUAUUUUCUAAGUUUUGUGAGAAGCAAAAUAGUAUGUUGUUGUUAAGUUUUUAUCAAUAUACGGUAUUCGGAAUGUCAGGAAGUAUUGUUUUUCCUGAUAAGUUUGUAAAUAAACGGAGGACAGGACCGUAUUGACGAAUUGUGCAGUCUUAUUAAUACUUUUUUCCUAGAAGCGUCAAUGAUAGUUAACACGGCACUGGUUUACAUAUAAGGUGUAAAAUGUGGAUUGAGAAUUCUUAUAAAAGUACUAGUAAAAACAUUUCAGAGUGUUUAUUAUAUGAAAACCUUUACUAAUCAAUAAUCGUACACCACUUACAUAAAGUUAAUGUGUAUUUAUGUUAUAUACGUAUACAGAAACAAUGGCGAUCAUGACAAAUAUAACUCAAAAAAGUAUUGAUUUUAUUGUUGAUAUUCAAAAGACAUUUAAAGACAUAAUUAAAAAAGAAUUAAGAGAUGAUGAAAAAAUUGACAAUUGGCUUUUUAUGAGCAAUCCUUGGCUAGUUCUAUCAAUUAUAACUGUUUAUCUACUGUUUAUACUAAAAAUUGGUCCAAUUUUGAUGAAAAAUCGAAAACCUUUUAAUUUAAAGUACAUCUUGUUGCUAUACAACAUAUUUCAAGUUAUAUAUAAUGGAUACUUGGUUUUAUUAUAUUUCAUAACACCUGGAGCAAUCACUUAUCAUUACAAUCAUUUAUGUCAUCCGCUUCCUAGACAUAUGAAUCAAUUCCUGUUGCAUGAGCUCGAUAAGGCAUUUUGGUAUUUCUUUUUAUCGAAAUUGAUAGAUUUAUCAGAUACUAUUUUCUUCGUUUUGAGGAAGAAACAAUCGCAAGUAACAUUUUUACAUAUUUACCAUCAUGUGAACAUGGUUAUUACUUGUUGGUUUAGUCUUAAAUACAUAAAAGACACAGAACAAUUACUCUUGGUUGGACUGCUCAACUCUUUUGUUCAUGUAAUUAUGUAUAGCUAUUACUUUCUAUCAGCAUUAGGACCUCAUAUGGCAAAAUAUUUAUGGUGGAAAAAGUAUUUGACUAGUUUACAAAUUGCCCAAUUUGUACUUAUACUUGCUUUUGAAAUGGGUCUGUUUUUAUUCAAUUGCACAAUUCCGGUUUUAUUCAUGAUGUAUAUCGCUGCUGAUGUAUCUUUAUUUUUGUAUUUAUUUUUAAUGUUUUAUAAAAAAUCGUAUAAAGAUAGGAAAACGAUAAAUGUUUAAAUAUAUUAAAAAAAAAUUAAGGAAAUUAAAUUUUAUAAAAAUAAUUUUUUUUAAAUUACAUUAUAAUUUACUGUUUUAAAUUUAUGAAUAAAAUAUUAAAAAUAAAAUAUUCCAUAUUAUAUGCUUAUUAUUUUCUAAAAUGAUAACUAUAUAUGACAUUUUGUAAUAGAUUGUUUCGAUUAUUAUAAGUUAUAACAUAACUUGUGAUGUAAAUAUAUUGAUUAUUUGUCAGAGGGUCUAAUUUAGAAACGAAAUACAAAAAUAAUUAUAUUUUUGCAUUUAAAUAAUGCUUUCUUAACUAUAAAAUGUAUGGAAAAAAGAGAUCAUUAACUUAAUAAGUGAAAUUAUAUUAUACUGUAUUAAAUAUAUAAAAUGUUUGAUGAUCACUUAUUUUACUUAUACCCCCUUGGUAUUUAUGAUAUUAUAUUUUUUGGAUUACAACAAGUAACGUUGUAGCUACUGUAAAGUAAUUCAUACCACAAUGUGAUUAAUACUAACAAAUUUUCAUGUUAUGUGUUGCCUUAAUAAUUAUUAUCAUAACCAUUGUUCUAGAACGCCUGUAUCAGCAACUAUGUUUAAAAUACAUUUAGCCUUUGAUCUGUUAUCAAAUCAUUUAUUGCUAUCGUUAAAGUUUUGAAAUAACAGCAAAUUAAUAUUAUUUGUUACAAUUGUAGUUUUUUGUUUUUGUUUUUUAGUACUGUUGGUUUUUACAGUUUAAAAUAUUGAAAAUUAAAAAUGUAACAUUUUAUAAAAGAUUAUUUUAAAACUAGUAAUCCCGAUCAAAGUACUCCCUUACCUACUUUAGUCAAGUGUUUUACAAGUACCAACGUUUCAAGGAAAAUCGAAGACAACAUUCACAGCGCGUUGAAUAUAACGAAAUAUAUUGGUAAACAUAUGUCAAAUAAUGAAAAACUUGAAGCACUUAAUACACUUUGAAUCUCAGGUAAAAAUUAUAAUUUUCCUAUUACGCUUAAUGACAAUAAAAAUUUAAAAUUUCAACUUUCUUGGUUUGAAAAGUGGAAUUGGAUUGCUUAUAAUAGUUUAGUUGAUGGUGCUUAUUGUAGGUAUUGUGUACUAUUUACUAUAAAAUAUGGUGGAAAAGGAAGUCAAUUGCUUGGGCAGCUUUGCAAUCAACCAUUAAAGAAUUGAAAGCAUGCUACUGAAAAAUUAAAAUCACAUGAAAGCACUAAUUAUUAUAACAACUUUAUAUUAAGUUAUCAAUCAUUAUCAAAAGUUGUUUCAGGGCAAACAACUUCUGUGUACGAUAAACUAGAUAUAGAUUCAAAACAACAAAAAGAAGAUAAUAGAAAAAUCAUUUUGCCAGUUAUAAAGUCUGUGAUAUUCUAUGGUCGUCAGGGAAUAGCAAUUAGAGGUCAUCGAGAUUAUGGCUCUUUGGAAUUAAAUGAACCAACAGAGAAUGAUGGUAAUUUUCGGACGUAAUUAAGAUUUUAUAUAAACGCAACUGGAAUAUCAGAAAAUAAUAGCCAUGUAUUAGCACGAGAAAACUGUAAAAAGCUCGCUCAGUAUAUAAGUCCGCAAAUACAAAAUCAGAUUGUUGAUGCUUAUUAUACAAGUGGCCCACUACUCACUGACAACUUAAAUAACUUUUGAUCCAGUUAAUAUUUUUAGCUGAUUUUUUUUUUUAAAUAAUAGUUAUACGUUAGGUCUAUAGCUAUAUCUCAAUAAUUAAUUUUUUUUACAUUUUAUUAAAAAUAUUAAUUAUUUUUAAAUUUUAAAUAAAAUGUAAAAAAAAAAUCUAAGAUAGCUAUUUUGUAGAGUAGAAUUUAAGAAAAAUUUUAGUAAAAAAAUAUCUUAUUAAUAUUCAGUAGUAAAUAUGAAGUGACAAAUAUAUAAAAAAUAAUCAAACUAAUUGGCCGCAACGAAAAAUUUGUAACUUUCAUGGCGUUUUACAAAAUUAUAAGAAAAGGGUCGCCAACCUACUGGGCGAGACAAUGUAUUGUCGGACCACAGUAGGAUUUUAAAAAAAUUAACUCUUGUAUAUUAAAACAAUUAGAAAUAAUAUAUAAUUAAUAAAUAUUAAAGUUGAUGUCCGUUGAGUCGUUAAUAGAAGAUGUACACCAGAACCUCGUGACAGUUGUCACAUAACCAUAUUGAUCAGGGAUGACCUUAUACAAGGCCGUUGCCUGUACCUUAUAAACUAGAUGAGUUGAUUUUUGAAAGGAGAAAAAAAAUACACGAGUCCAUUGAAGAUGGAACACGCAAAAAAAAGAAAAAUAUGAUGGUUCAGUCAAAUUAAGGGGAAUUUAUUAAAAAAAAAAAACAAAAAAAAUUAA